AUGUCCAGAAAAGUUGCUGCCACCGAUCAGGUCGUAAAGUUGAUUGUCGGCGCUGGCAAUGCAACUCCUUCUCCGCCAGUUGGACCUGCCCUCGGCAGUAAGGGUGUCAAAGCUAUAGACUUUUGCAAGGAAUUUAAUGCUCGGACAGCUCACAUCACUCCCGGAAUUCCCUUGCCCGCCCGAGUCAUUGUCCGUCCCGAUCGAUCUUUCAGCUUCGAGGUUCGAACUCCGAUGACCUCCUGGCUCUUACUUCAAGCUUGCGGUGCCAAAAUGGUCAAAGGGAAGAUCAGAGGAGCACACAAGCCCGGCACAGAGAUCGUAGGUACUGUGUCAUUGAAACAUGUCUACGAGAUCGCCAAGAUCAAGCAAUCCGAGAUGCGUUUGUCCAAUCUCCCCCUAUAUGGGUUGUGCAGGUCUGUUAUUGCGCAAGCGGGGAGCAUCGGAGUACAGGUCGUUCCCUAG